GCUGAGCGGAGAGAGGCGGCUCCGGGAGCUCCCCCCGAUCUGAGCACCGGCAGCGGCUGCAGCCCCGGGACCCCCGCACAGCCCGGACAUGGAGGGGGCAGAGGAGGGCGGCCCGGACGCGGACGUGGAGGCCUUUUACCGCACAGGAUCGUUCCGGAACGACGGUUUGAAAGCCACGGAUGUUCUGGCCGUCCUGAAGGAGAAGGUGGCCUUCGUGUCAGGAGGUCGCGAUAAGCGAGGAGGGCCGAUCCUGACGUUCCCGGCGCGCAGCAACCACGACAGGAUACGGCAGGAAGACCUGCGCCGACUCGUCACCUACCUGGCCAGCGUCCCCAGCGAAGACGUCUGCAAACGAGGCUUCACGGUCAUCAUCGACAUGCGCGGAUCUAAGUGGGACCUGAUGAAGCCCCUUCUGAAGACCCUCCAGGAAGCGUUUCCCGCGGAGAUCCACGUGGCGCUGAUCAUCAAACCGGAGAACUUCUGGCAGAAACAGAAAACCAACUUCGGCAGCUCCAAGUUCAUCUUCGAGACCAGCAUGGUGUCGGUGGAAGGUCUCUCCAAGCUGGUGGAUCCGUCUCAGCUGACGGAGGAGUUUGACGGCUCCCUGGAUUACGAUCACGACGAGUGGAUCGAGCUGCGGGUUUCUCUGGAGGAGUUUUUCGGCAGCGCGGUGCAUCUGCUGUCGCGGUUGGAGGACCUGCAGGAGACGCUGGCCCGGAAGGAGUUCCCGGUGGACGUGGAGGGCUCCCGGCGGCUCAUCGACGAGCACACGCAGCUGAAGAAGAAGGUGGUGAAGGCGCCGGUGGAGGAGCUGGACCGCGACGGGCAGAGGCUGCUCCAAUGCAUCCGCUGCGGCGACGGCUUCUCGGGCCGCAACUGCAUUCCAGGAGGGGCCGAUUUCCAAAGCCUCGUGCCAAAGAUCACCAGCCUCUUGGACAAGCUGCACUCCACGCGGCAGCACCUGCACCAGAUGUGGCACGUGCGCAAACUCAAACUCGACCAGUGUUUCCAGCUGCGGCUCUUUGAGCAGGAUGCCGAGAAGAUGUUUGACUGGAUCACCCACAACAAGGAGGUGUUUCUCCAGGGCCACACGGAGAUCGGGAUGAGCUACCAGCACGCCGUGGACCUGCAGACCCAACACAACCACUUCGCCAUGAACUCAAUGAACGCGUACGUGAACAUUAACCGCAUCAUGUCCGUGGCGUCGCGGCUCAUCGAAGCCGGCCAUUACGCGUCUCAGCAGAUCAAGCAGAUCUCCACCCAGCUGGACCAGGAGUGGAAGAGCUUCGCGGCGGCGCUGGACGAGAGGAGCGCCAUCCUCGCCAUGUCAGCCGUGUUCCACCAGAAGGCCGAGCAGUUUCUGUCUGGCGUGGACACGUGGUGCAAGCUGUGUAACGAUGGGGGUCUGCCGUCCGAAAUGCAGGGGCUGGAGAUGGCCAUUCAUCAUCACCAAACGCUAUACGAGGAGGUCACGCAGGCGUACGCCGAGGUCAGCCAAGACGGGAAGGCGCUGCUGGAUGUGCUGCAGCGGCCGCUGAGUCCCGGGAACUCGGAGUCCCUGACGGCCACCGCCAACUACUCCAAGGCUGUCCACCAGGUACUAGACGUGGUCCACGAGGUCCUCCACCACCAGCGGAGGCUUGAGAGCAUCUGGCAACACCGCAAGGUCCGGCUCCACCAGAGGCUGCAGCUCUGCGUGUUCCAGCAGGACGUCCAACAGGUUCUGGACUGGAUCGAGAAUCACGGGGAAGCUUUCCUGAGCAAACACACCGGGGUGGGGAAGUCGUUGCACCGAGCGCGAGCUCUGCAGAAGAGGCACGAUGACUUUGAGGAAGUGGCGCAGAACACGUACACCAACGCCGACAAGCUGCUGGAGGCCGCCGAGCAGCUGGCCCAGACCGGUGAAUGCGACCCCGAGGAGAUCUACAAGGCGGCCAGGCACCUCGAGGUCCGGAUCCAGGACUUUGUGCGACGCGUGGAGCAGAGGAAGCUGCUUCUGGACAUGUCUGUCUCGUUCCACAGUCACACCAAGGAGCUGUGGACGUGGAUGGAAGAUCUCCAGAAGGAGCUGUUGGAGGACGUCUGUGCCGACUCGGUGGAUGCCGUUCAGGAGCUGAUCAAACAGUUCCAGCAGCAGCAGACGGCGACACUGGACGGCACCCUCAACGUCAUCAAAGAGGGAGAAGACCUCAUACAGCAACUCAGGGACUCCGCCGUUUCCAGCAAUAAGGCUCCGCACAACAGCUCGAUCAGCCACAUCGAGUCGGUGCUGCAGCAGCUGGACGAGGCUCAGGUCCAGAUGGAGGAUCUUUUCCACGAGAGGAAGAUAAAGCUGGACAUCUUCCUGCAGCUGCGCAUCUUCGAACAGUACACCAUCGAGGUGACGGCGGAGCUGGACGCCUGGAAUGAGGAUCUUCUCCGACAGAUGAACGAUUUUAACACGGAGGAUCUGAACCUGGCCGAGCAGCGGCUGCAGCGGCACAAGGAGCGCAAACUGGCCACGAACAACAUGACGUUCGAGGUGAUCCAGCAGGGGCAGGACUUACACCAGUACAUCAUGGAGGUGCAGGCGUCAGGUAUCGAGCUGAUCUGUGAGAAGGACACGGACCUCGCCACGCAGGUCCAGGAACUGCUCGAGUUUCUCCACGACAAGCAGCACGAGCUGGAGGUGAACGCCGAGCAGACCCACAAGCGGCUGGAGCAAUGUCUGCAGCUCCGCCACCUGCAGGCCGAGGUCAAACAGGUUCUGGGCUGGAUCCGUAACGGGGAGUCCAUGCUGAACGCCAGUCUGGUGAACGCCAGCUCCCUGUCGGAGGCCGAGCAGCUGCAGCGAGAGCACGAGCAGUUCCAGAUGGCCAUCGAGUCCCUUUUCCACGCCAGCUCGCUGCAGAAGACGCACCAGAGCGCCUUGCAGGUCCAGCAGAAGGCCGAGGCUUUGCUGCAGGCCGGGCAUUACGACGCCGACGCCAUCCGGGAAUGUGCCGAGAAGGUGGCGCUCCACUGGCAGCAGCUCAUGCUAAAGAUGGAGGACCGGCUGAAGCUGGUGAACGCGUCCGUGGCCUUCUAUAAAACCUCGGAGCAGGUUUGCAGCGUCCUGGAAAGCCUGGAGCAGGAAUACCGCAGAGACGAGGACUGGUGCAGGGGCCACGACAAGCUGGGGCCCGUGGCUGAAACGGACCAUGUGAUGCCUCUGAUCAGCAAGCACCUGGAGCAGAAGGAGGCCUUUCUGAAGGCCUGCACGUUGGCGCGAAGGAAUGCCGAGGUUUUCCUCAAAUACAUUCACAGGAAUAACGUCAGUAUGCCAGGCGCGGCCCCUCACACGCGUGGCCCCGAGCAGCAAGUCAAAGCCAUCCUGAGCGAGCUGCUGCAGCGGGAGAACCGCGUUCUGCAUUUCUGGACCUUGAAGAAGCGGCGCCUGGACCAGUGCCAGCAGUACAUCGUCUUCGAGAGGAGCGCCAAACAGGCGUUAGACUGGAUUCAGGAAGCGGGGGAACAUUACCUCCUGACGCACUCGUCUCCCGGGGAGCGCAUGGAGGAGGCUCAGGAGCUCCUGAAGCAGUAUGAAGAGUUCCAGAUCCCGGCCAAGCAAACGAAGGAGAAGGUGAGGCUCCUGAUCCAGCUGGCCGACAGCUUCGUGGAGAAGGGCCACGUCCACGCCACCGAGCUGAAGAAAUGGGUGACCACGGUGAACAAGCAUUACCGGGACUUCUCGCUGCGCAUGGGCAAAUACCAGUGUGUGCUGCACCGGGCCCUCGGCAUCAGCACCGAGGAAAAUAAAGACCUGGAACUUGAUAUCAUUCCCGCCAUCCUGAGCGACCCGGAGGUGAAAUUACGAGACGCCGGCCACGAGCUGAACGAAGAGAAGAGGAAAUCGGCUCGGAAGAAAGAGUUCAUCAUGGCCGAGCUGCUGCAGACGGAGAAAGCGUACGUCCGGGACCUGCACGAGUGCAUGGAGACCUACCUGUGGGAGAUGACGAGCGGCGUGGAGGAGAUUCCUCACGGGAUCCUCAACAAGGAGCACAUCGUCUUCGGCAACAUCCAGGAGAUCUACGACUUCCACAAUAACAUCUUCCUGAAGGAGCUGGAGAAGUACGAGCAGCUGCCGGAAGACGUGGGGCAUUGCUUCGUCACCUGGGCCGACAAGUUCCAGAUGUACGUCACGUACUGCAAGAACAAGCCGGACUCCAGCCAGCUCAUCCUGGAGCAUGCGGGCUCCUUCUUUGAUGAAAUCCAACAAAGACACGGAUUGGCCAAUUCCAUCUCCUCCUAUCUCAUCAAACCGGUUCAGAGGAUCACCAAGUACCAGCUUCUGCUCAAGGAGCUCCUCACCUGCUGCGAAGAAGGGAAAGGAGAGAUUAAGGACGGCCUGGAGGUGAUGCUCUCCGUCCCCAAGAGGGCCAACGAUGCCAUGCAUGUCAGCAUGAUGGAAGGCUUCGAUGAGAAUCUGGACGUUCAGGGGGAGCUGAUCCUUCAGGAUUCCUUCCAGGUUUGGGACCCCAAAUCGCUGAUCCGGAAGGGGCGCGACCGCCACCUCUUCCUCUUCGAAAUGUCGCUCAUUUUCUGCAAAGAGAUCAAAGACUCGGCCGGUCGCAGCAAAUACGUUUACAAGAGCAAGCUGCAGACCUCAGAACUCGGGGUGACGGAGCACGUCGAGGGAGACUCCUGCAAGUUUGCCCUCUGGUCGGGACGCACGCCGUCCUCCGAUAACAAGACCGUGCUGAAGGCGUCCAACGUGGAGGUGAAGCAGGAGUGGAUCAAACACAUCCGCGAGGUGAUCCAGGAGAGGAUGAUCCACCUGAAGGGGGCGCUGAAGGAGCCGAUCCAGCCACCCAAAACCCCCGCAAAGCAGAGGAACAACAGUAAGAGGGACGGCCUAGAAGACGGGGACAGUCAGGGGGACGGAAGUAGCCAACCGGACACCAUCUCCAUCGCCUCGCGGACCUCGCAGAACACCGUAGACAGCGACAAGCUUUCCGGCGGCUGCGAGCUGACCACCGUGCUGCAGGACUUCAUCGCCAUUCACAGCAAUGAGCUGAGCAUCCAGGGCGGCCAGACGGUGGAGCUGCUGGAGAGACCGAGUGACCGUCCCGGCUGGUGUCUGGUGCGGACCACCGACCGGAGCCCACCCCAGGAGGGGCUGGUACCCAGCAGCGCCCUGUGCAUCUCCCACUCGCGCAGCAGCAUAGAAAUGGAGUGCUUCUUCCCAAGCGGGAAAGACGCGUUUUCCUCCGGAGAGAACGGCGGGAAGUCGGAUUCCGUGGCCAACCUGCAGCCUCAGGCGUCCCUGAACUCCAUCCAGAGCUCCCCGGGCCCCAAGCGCUCCACCAACACCCUGAAGAAGUGGCUGACGAGCCCCGUCCGGCGGCUGAACAGCGGCAAAGCCGACGGCAACAUCAAGAAGCAAAAGAAAAGAGGGACCCCCAACCUCGGAUCCCCCCGCGCCGGCGAGGACACCACCCCGCAGGGGGACAGCGCGGACGAGAAGGGGAAGAAGGGCUGGGAUGAAGAGGCAGACGACGAGUCGCACACCCCGCUCCCGCCACCCAUGAAGAUCUUCGACAACGAGCCUGCGCAAGACGACAAGCCCUCUUUGCUUGUGGCCCGUCAGAGCUCGGCGGAGGUCCCCAGCGCGGCUGAGCUGGUCAAUGCUAUAGAGAAUCUGGUACGGAACAAGAUGACGCCGGAUGGAAGCAGCUUCCGUGGCGCGCAUGCCGUGGCAGACGGGUAUUUAAACAAAGGUUUGGCCCCAUCUCCGGCCCCUCGGAACCACGAAGAGGAGCAGAAAGCCAAAGCGCUCAGGGGCAGAAUGUUCGUCCUGAACGAGUUGGUGCAGACGGAGGUGGAUUACGUGAAGGAUCUCGGCGUGGUGGUGGAGAACUUUAUCCCGCGGAUGAAAGAGAAGGGAACGCCGGAGGAGAUGGACGGGAAGGAGAAGAUCGUGUUCGGCAACAUCCACCAGAUCUACGACUGGCACAAAGACUUUUUUCUGGGGGAAUUGCAGAAAUGCAUCGAGGAACCCGAGCGCCUGGCGCAGCUCUUCAUCAAACACGAGCGGAGGUUGCACAUGUAUGUGGUUUAUUGCCAGAACAAGCCUCGCUCGGAGUACGUGGUGGCCGAAUACGAUUCUUACUUUGAGGAAGUGACGCAGGAAAUAAACCAGAGAUUCACAAUCAGCGACUUCCUCAUUAAACCCAUUCAGAGGAUCACCAAGUACCAGCUGCUGCUGAAGGACUUCCUCAGGUACAGUGAGAAAGCCGGGUUGGAUUGUUCAGAGACCGAGCGAGCCGUUGAGUUAAUGUGCCUCGUUCCGAAGCGCUGUAACGAUAUGAUGAAUCUGGGAAGGCUUCAGGGAUUCGAGGGGAAGCUCACGGCCCAAGGAAAGCUCCUUCAGCAGGAUACGUUCUACGUGAUCGAGCAGGAGUCCGGCGUCCAAUCACGGACCAAGGAGAGGCGGGUUUUCCUGUUCGAGCAGAUCGUGAUCUUCAGCGAGCUCCUCCGGAAAGGCUCGUCCGUGCCGGGGUACAUGUUCAAGAAGGGCAUCAAGAUGACGUAUCUCAUCCUGGAGGAAAGCGUGGAGAGCGACCCGUGUAAGUUCGCGGUGCUGAGCCGGGAGACCUCGGAGAGAGUCGUGUUACAGGCCGCCAACUCCGACAUCAAACAGGCCUGGGUGCGAGACAUCGGCCAGGUGCUGGAGACCCAGCGAGACUUCCUGAACGCGCUCCAAUCUCCUAUAGAAUAUCAGCGCAAGGAAAGCAACGCAGCCACCAACAAACCCCAGGUGGGACGCGUCCCGACCCCCACGUCCAGACCGCUCUCCUCCUCCUCCAUCGGCUCCGAAAAACCCGCAAACCUCCCCGGCCGUAACCAGUCGUUUCCGCCACGAAAACCUCCGACCUCCAACGGCAGCCCGGGGUACGACGUGAGCCAGGGCGACCUCGUCGGCUGUAACGGCGGCAGCUCCAUGGUGGUCGCGCAGGAUUACUACGCGCUGAAGGAGAACGAGAUCUGCGUCUAUCAGGGCGAGGCGGUGCAGAUCCUGGCCGUCAAUCAGCAGAACAUGCUCCUGGUUUACCGGCCGGCCAACGACCACUCGCCGGCGGCCGAGGGCUGGAUCCCGGGCUCCGUUUUGGGCCAAAUAACUAAACCCUCCGCCGACGGCGGCGACAGGAGCUUCAAGAAGUCAUGUUCUUGGCACACGCUGCGCAUGAGAAAGCGGGACGCGGUGGAGUCUAACGGCCAGUGUAAGAGCAAGGAGUGUCUGGGCAGCGCGGUGAAAGACCACCACAGUUCCGAAGAGUCCGAGUGCGAUGACUUUGACCCCGGGGCUAGUAUGGAGAUAAUAAAUCCGAAUUUCAUCCAAGAAGUGGCCCCCGAGUUCCUCGUUCCACUCGUAGACGUUAUUUGUGUUCUUGGUGACACCGUGACGUUACGCUGCAAGGUUUGUGGCCGACCAAAGCCGAGCGUCGCGUGGAAAGGUCCGGAUCAGACGCUUCUGAAUGGGGACAGCAGCGUUUACUCCAUGUCAGCCAGCGAGUCUGGUGACAUCACUCUGAAAAUCUGCAAUCUGAUGCCCCAAGACAGCGGGAUCUACACCUGCGUGGCGACCAAUGACCUCGGGGCCACAUCCACGUCGGCUACGAUCAAAGUGCAAGGGGUCCCAGGGGCCCCCAUCCAGCCAGUUGCCCAAGAGAGAAGCAGCACCUCUGUGAUUCUGCGAUGGCUGCCGCCGGCCAGCACCGGGAACUGCACCAUCUCGGGGUACACGGCGGAGUACAAGGAGGAAGGGUCUCAGACGUGGCAGCAGUCUGUUGCCUGCACCCUGGACACGUAUCUGGUUCUGGAGGACCUCUGCCCCGGGGCCACGUACCGGUUUCGGGUCAGCGCCAGCAACCCGUGGGGUAUCAGCGUCCCCAGCGAGCCGUCGGAGCCGGUGCGCCUCGCGGAGUACGACGCGAAUGCGGACGGCUCGGCCAUUGCGUGGAGAGAGAACUUCGAUCUCAUGUAUGUGGAGCAGCAGGAGAUCGGGAGGGGCCGUUUUUCCGUGGUGCGGAGAUGCGUCCAGAAAGCGACCCGGAAAGACGUGGCCGUGAAAUUCAUCAGCAAGAAGAUGAAGAAGAAGGAGCAGGCGGCGCAUGAGGCGGCGUUACUGCAGCACCUGCAGCACCCGCAGUACGUGGCCCUCCACGACACGUUCGAGUCGCCCACCGCCUACAUCCUCGUCCUGGACCUGAUGGACGACGGGCGGUUACUGGAUUACCUGGUGAACCACGAUGAGCUCAUGGAGGAGAGGAUCUCCUUCUUCAUCCGUGACAUCAUGGAGGCGCUGCGCUACCUGCACAGCUGCCGCGUGGCUCACCUGGACAUCAAGCCGGAGAAUCUCCUCGUGGAUUUGCGGAUUCCGGUUCCUCGCGUGAAGAUCAUCGACCUGGAGGACGCCGUGCAGAUCACGGGACAUUUUCACAUCCACCGGCUGCUGGGGAGCCCAGAAUUCGCGGCCCCCGAGGUCAUCCACGGGACCCCCGUGUCUCUGGGCAGCGAUAUCUGGAGCCUGGGGGUCCUGACGUACGUCAUGCUCAGCGGGGUGUCUCCGUUCCUGGACGAGAGCCGCGAGGAGACCUGCCUGAACAUCUGCCGGGUGGACUUCUGCUUCCCGCAGGAGUAUUUCGCCGGCGUGAGUCAGGCCGCUCAGGACUUUAUCCGGGCCACGCUGCAGGCCGAUCCACGCUGGAGGCCCACGGUGGCCACGUGCCUACAACAUCCGUGGCUCCAGCCUCACUACAGCAGCCACUCCAAAAUCCCGCUGGACACGACGCGCCUGGCUGGAUUCAUCGAGCGGCGGAGCCACCAGAACGACGCGCAGCCGCUGCCCGGCGCCAAGAGCUUCGCCGUCGGCAGGACAAGCACCGCGACGUAAACGCCUGCAGCCAUCAAAGAGUUAAAGCCCCGCGCCGGGUCACAGCGGGGAUCCGCCUCGGACAGGAAGGAGUCAGAGAUUGUGACAGGAAGUCUCCGGAUACACUGUGCUGGACUCGCUUUACCGCUGCUGUAAAACAGACACGGCCAACCAUGUUCUCGAUACACCGGGGGCUGAUCCCGU